GACUGUGCAUGUUUAAAUGCAACAUGAAGUCUCUGUUUGAACUUUGACCACAGACAGUAAAAGUGUUGUCAUUGUUAAUGUUCGGAAAUAUUGACUGUUCUGUUAUUUCUUAGUGUAGCUAAGUGAGCUGUGACUCAAAAAUGAGUCACUCUGGGGAGAGAGAGGAGGAGAACACUGCCUCUAAAAUGAGUCACUCUGGGGAGAGAGAGGAGGAGAACACUGCCUCUAAAAUGAGUCUCUUUGGGGUGAGAGAGGAGAGAGGCACUGCCUCUAAGAGGAAGUAUUCUGAGAGAGAGGAGGGGGCCACUGCCUCUAAAAAGAGUCUGACUCAAGACACCAGUUCUAAGAGUGUCCAGAAGCCCAGAGCAGAGUCACCUACACCCAGCCGGGAACCUCUGAGACGUGGCAAAAUGUCUGAACAACAGAUGAAAAGCUCUGACUACCAGUUGGACUACGAAAACGUUCAGGAUCCAGUUGAGACGAUGGAGGGGAUUGUCAGCCAGGGUGCUGUAAUGUUCACACACAACCCUCUGGGUAUGAGGAGUCAAACUCUUCUGACAGUCCAACAAGACAUUAAGGCUAAACUGAAACACAAGUAUCAACACAUAUCUGAAGGAAUUGGACACCAUGGAAACCAAAGUCUGUUAAAGGACAUCUACACAGAGCUCUACAUCACAGAGGGUGGAAGUGGAGGGGUCAAUAAUGAACAUGAGGUGAGACAGAUAGAGAUGGCAUCCAAGAAACAAACCACACAAGAGACACCAAUCAAAUGCAACGACAUCUUCAAGCCUUUACCUGGACAAGACAAACCUAUCAGAACUGUGCUGACAAAAGGAAUCGCUGGCAUUGGAAAAACAGUCUCUGUGCAGAAGGUCAUCCUUGACUGGGCAGAGGGAAAAGCAAAUCAGGACGUUAAUUUCAUGUUUCCUCUUCCUUUCCGUGAUCUGAACCUGAAAAAGGACCAAUACAGUCUGAUGCAACUUCUUUCCCACUACUUCUCAGAGCUGAAAGAGAUUGACAACAUUGAAGAUGGUGAAACCAAAACUGUUUUCAUUUUUGAUGGUCUGGAUGAGUGUCGACUUCCUCUAGACUUCAAAAACAAUGAGAGGUGCUGUGAUGUCACGAAGCCAACCUCAGUGGACGUGCUGCUGACAAACCUCAUCAAGGGGAAUCUGCUUCCCUCUGCUCUCCUCUGGAUAACCUCACGGCCUGCAGCAGCCAAUCAGAUCCCACCUGAGUGUGUUGACCAGGUGACAGAGGUACGAGGGUUCAAUGAUCCACAGAAGGAGGAGUACUUCAGGAAGAAAAUCACAGAUCAGAAUCUGGCCAAUGAAAUCAUCAAACACAUGAAGACAUCAAGGAGCCUCCACAUCAUGUGCCACAUGCCAGUCUUCUGUUGGAUAUCAGCCACUGUCCUUGAGAUGAUGCUGAAAGAGGCAGAGAAGGAUGAAGUCCCCAAAACUCAGACCCAGAUGUACACACACUUCACGCUCAUCCAAUUCAUUGUGAAGAACAGGAAGUACAACAAAGCCACAGAGACAAACCCAAAGGAACUGUCUCAGUCAGACAAAGAGAUGAUCCUGAAACUGGCAAAGCUGGCUUUCCAACAGCUGCAGAAGGGCAACCUGAUCUUCUAUGAGGAGGACCUGAGAGAGUGUGGCCUUGAUGUCACAGAGGCAUCAGAGUACUCAGCAUUGUGUACAGAGAUCUUUAAAGAAGAAUCUGGGCUGAACCAAGAGAAGGUCUACAGCUUUGUGCAUCUGAGCAUUCAGGAGUUUCUAGCAGCAGUGCAUGCUUUAGAAUCAUGUCUGGACAAGAAGGAACAUGUUUUUUCCCCCACUAGUGAGGAUGAAGAGGAGGAGUCAAUCCAGUUGUUUGACUUACACAGGAGAGCAGUGGACCAGGCCUUGAAGAGUGAGAAUGGACACCUGGACCUGUUCCUCCGCUUCCUUCUGGGUCUCUCACUGGAGUCCAAUCAGAAUCGGUUACAAGGCCUUCUGACACAGACAGGAAGUACAACACAGAGCAAUGAGGAAACAGUUGAGAGAACAGUCAGGUACCUUUCAGACAACAUCGAAUGGGAAUCCUCACCAGAAAGGAUCAUCAACUUGUUCCACUGUCUGAAUGAACUUGGUGCCAACUCUCUAGUUGAAGAAAUGCAAACCUCCCUGCGAUCAGGAACUCUUUCAGAAACAGAGCUAGAACCUCAACAAUGUUCAGCCCUGGCCUACCUGUUACUGAUGUCAGAGGAGGUGCUGGAGGAGUUUGACCUGAAGACAUACACCACAUCAGAGACAGGUUAUCAGAGGUUAAUGCCGGUAGUGAAAACCUGCAAGAGAGCACUACUGUCUGGCUGUAAACUCACAUAUGAAUCCUGUGAGACUCUGGCUUCAGCUCUGCAGACACCAAACUCCCCCCUGAGAGAACUGGACCUCAGCUACAAUGACCUGGGAGACAGAGGAGUGGAGCUGCUCUGUGUUGGACUAACCAGUCCACUCUGCAACAUACAGACACUAGUGCUGUCUGGCUGUCUGGUCACAGAGGAGGGCUGUGCUGCUCUGUCUUCAGCUCUGAGGUCAAACCCCUCCCACCUGAAAGAGCUGGACCUGAGCUACAAUCACCCAGGAGACUCUGCAGGGGGACUGCUUUCAGCUGCUCUGGUGGAUCCCACAGAUAAACUGAUGAAGCUGAAUGUGGAUCAUGGUGGAGAGUUCAGGCUGAAAUCAGGGCUGAGGAAAUAUGCCUGUCAUCUCACCCUGGACCCAAAUACAGCAAACCCACACCUGAUACUGUCUGAGGGGAACAGGAAGGUGACACGGGUGGAGGAGAAGCAGCAUUAUGAAGACCAUCCAGACAGAUUUGACCAUCAUCCCCAAGUUCUCUGCAGAGAAGUCUUAUCUGGAUCUCGUUACUACUGGGAGGUGGAGAGGGGUGGUUAUGAUGGUAACAUUGGUGUGGCGUACAGAGGAAUGAAGAGGAAGGGAAAGAAAUAUGACAGUUGGAUUGGAGCCAAUAGGAAGUCCUGGGGUUUAUUCUGCUAUGACGGAGGUUAUCACUUUUUCCAUGCGGGAGUCCGUAGCAUAUCCAUCCCUGGUCCUGUUUCUAACAGAGUUGGAGUGUAUCUGGACUGGCCAGCUGGUACUUUGUCCUUCUAUAGUGUGUCCUCCUCUGGUACACUGACACACCUUUACACAGAACACACCACAUUCACUGAACCCCUCUAUCCUGGGUUUGGGGUUUAUUCCUCCUCCUCAGUGACCCUGUGUCAGAUAGAUGACCAACACAUUCAAAGAGACCAUGGUGGAGAGUGUUGUAUCAAGCCUGGACCUGAGAAAUGGAUUCCUCAGAGCUGUAAGACUUGUGACCAUGUUGAGGACUCCACACACUGGCUUCAGAUUGAACCCUUGACUUCCACUGUCCAGGGAGUGACAAUGUUCAGGCACAGGUCACCCAAAGGGCGUUAUGAGUGCACAGUGUCUGGGCUCCGCUGGGUGUGUGACAGAGAUGUCAUUCUGAAGUAUCACUUCAGGAACUGGUAUCCCUACAGUCACCUUCUGAAAGACAUGCAGUACGGACAAGGUGGUCCAUUGCUGGACAUCACUAUGGAGUUAGGUGAACUGGAGGAAGUUCAUCUGCCACACUUUGUCUGUUUAGGGACCAACCCUUCCCUGAGGAAUGAGAUGAAGAUUCUUAAUGUAGAGGAACAUGGAGUGUCUGUUGAGGAAGUGCAUGAGGUCACCAGAUUCCAUGCCAAAAUUCUCCAUCCCAAGUUCUCAGUUAUCGCUGUUAUACUGAGCUAUAUCUUUACGCGGAACAUAGAUGUCCACUGUGAGCUGAUGCUCUAUCUGUCAGUGAAAAAGCAAACACUAAUUCCACGUCUAUACCUGUUCCCCAGUAACCCCAGCCAAAUACAGGCUGUGGAACAACAGGAAAAGUCUGAAGGGUCUUCAAGGGUUCUCAUCUCAAGACCGGAGCAGGCCUUCAAACUGAAUAGUUACUUCAGACUGAACAUUCCCUGUUCUACCUACAUCAAUCCACCGAAGAUUCAUCUCAUACAUAGAGACUCCACACCAAGCUUUUUCAAGGCGGUUUUGAAAAUGACAGGGGUUGACAUUGAGAUGGAGUUAUUCGGUGAUGAUGAGAGGAUUGCAUGGAAAGAAGUGGUAUCACAAGAUGAAUACAUCACUGCCACCCAUUCAACAAGUGCUGUGUUAGGGGCAGGGCGUCCGGCUGAGAGCAGUCUGACUGGUUCUACAGCGCAGCAGCUGCGUUCUGUACGGACAGAGUUUGUGAGACGAGUGUCAGGACCUGUCCUGGAUGGUCUGCUGGACGGACUCCUGCAACACACAGUCAUCAACCAGGAGGAAAUGGAGUCAGUAAAGGUGAUAGCUGAGAGGGCAGAGAAGGCACGUGACAUCAUCGACAUGGUGUUGAGAAAAGGAACUGAGUCAUGUUCCAGGAUGAUCAACCUUCUUGGGGAGCUGGACCCCUAUCUUUGGUCACAGCUUCAGAUCUAAAGUUGUAGCCAACCCCUGGGUGUGGAGAAACCAGGCAGAAUAGACAGGCAGGGUGGUUCAACAUGGUCUUGUUGUCUGUUGCUUUAAUUCAGGCUCCUAAAAAUGUACAGAAAAUGUCAAUCAAACAUGACCACUAUAAUAGCAAUAAACUAACCAAAGGUCCAGCCACACAGCCUCUCUCCUUCUGCAGCCUCCUGGAGGUGUGGAUCUUCUAGCAGGAGGAUCAGUUAGUCCUCCACUAGGUACCUAGCUGGACCCCUAUCUAGCAGGAGGGUCAGUUAGUCCUCCACUAGGUACC